GUUCCAUACAAAAAGAAAUGUCAAAAUUUUAUUCAGCUGGACAUUGUGCGAAUGUUUGCGUUGUUUAUCAACUGAAAUGGAAUCGAAAAAGGCACGGUACAUCUGGGGAGAAACUGAGGAAAAGCUAUUGCUGGAUGUAUGGGAGAAGAAACUGCCUGACUUGAAGAAGACAUACCGGAAUGGCAAUGUCCUUGUGGAAAUAACAAGAAUACUAGCAAGCAAAGGUGUUUUUGCAGAUUCAACUGAAAUUAAUAAUAAAAUCAAAAAUUUAACUGCCAAAUACAGAUCUGAAAAGAAAAUAAUGGAUUUGAAUGGUGGAGCACCGUCGACAUUUAAACACUUCAACAGAGUGCAUAGCAUAAUUGAGUCGCAACCAUGCAACAAUCUUACACCCAAUAAUGAAAGUUUUAAUUUUCAAGAUUCGAUUCCAGAUGAGAUCCCCACGCCUUGUAUAUCAGAUAGUAUAUCAGAUGAUAUGGAAGCGAAAAAGGGGCGUCAUCUUUGGACAGAAUCUGACGAAGAUGUGCUGUUGGAUGUGUGGGAGUUUAAGUUGCCGGAACUGAAAAAAGCUAAAAGAAAUAGUCGUGUCUAUGGUGAUAUAUCAAAAAUGUUAGCAAGCAAAGGUGUUUUUGCGGAUGCAACUGAAAUCACUACAAAAAUUAAAAAUUUAACUUAUAGAUACAGGUCUGAAAAGAAAAAGUUGGAUUAUAAUAGCGGAGCUCCAUCAGCAUUUAGACACUUUUACAGAAUUCAUAAUAUAAUUGAAUCGUUUGAAUGUAACAGCCACACAUCCUCCAAUGAAAGUUUUGUUUUUAUUAAUCAAUAUCAAGAAACACAGUCGCAAUCACCUCCUCUCAUCUCGGAGCUGGAUAUAUCACUACCACUUAAGUCGUCACCAGCUACAGUAUCACCACCCAUGUCACCACCACCUUUAUCACCACCACCUUUAUCAGCACCACUCAUGUCACCAACAGAUAUAGCACUACCAGUCAAGUUAUCACCUGCAAUAUCACCACCACCUUUGGCGCCAUUAACUAUAUGGUUACCACAUGCGUCACCAACGGCCAUACUGCCAACAGCUAUACCACAAACAGAUAUAAUACCAACAGUUGUACCGCCAAUAUCUCUAUCGCCAGCAAUUAAAUCGUCACCACCUCCGUCUCCACAAGCUCAAACGCCGCCGCAACUUCUGUCCCCAGCAGCUACGUCGUCUCCAACACAAACGUCGGUUGCAAUAACAGCUGAUAGGCGAUUUAAAAAAAAGAAAAAGGAGAGGGAUGUGUUGACGUUGAUACAUGAAGAGUUAAAAGAGGCAAACAGAUUGGCAAGAGCGGAAUUAGAAAUGGAUAAAAAAUUUUUGGACAUACUGCAAAAAAUGUCCAACAGAUGAUAGUUUAAUUCAUUUGUAAAAUUUAUUGUUAUUAUAUGCAUAAGUAUAAGAUAUAAGAUCCUAGUGUUAUGUUUAGACUUAUAUUUACGAACCUCUUUAGCCUAUUCUUAUAUGGAUUUUGUUUGGGAAAUAGCACAUAUUGAUGUCGAGUUAGGUAAAAUAGACUAAACGUAACAGAAAUCUGCGUAUACACCAGUUAGAUUUUGACAAAACUUUUUUGGGAGAAUGCAAACUCGAAUUUAUAUGUGUAAGCGAAUAAGUGUAUAUGUCCAAAAAUGCCUACAGAAGUUAGGCUAGUGUAGACGUGGAGUAUAGAAGAAUUGUAGAAUUAGUUAA